AUGUCCAUGGCUGUUCGAGAUGAGUACUCAGAUCUAGAGGACUCCGAAGAUGAGCCAAUACUGGAAACACCGGCGAUUCUGGAACCACCCCAACCGUCAGGCUCUCAUGUUAGCCAAUACGGCAUUGGUGCUAAGCUUCUCAUGAAAAUGGGAUACAAGCAAGGCCAGGGAUUGGGUGCAAACCAGGAGGGAAUAGUGAACCCCAUAGAGACAAAGCUACGACCUAAGGGAUUAGGUGUUGGCGGAGUGCACGAGAAGACGGGCAAUGAAGCAGCCAAGAUAAUUAGAGAAGUCUCUUCCAAGGUGGAUGAUAAAGAUCAGGAGUUAGAAGCGCUACGGCGCAGAUACUCAAGCAUAGUACAGAGAUUGAAGACUAGAGGAGUCAAGUUGCAUUCUCAGUUUGAAGAGAUGCUACGCUUAGAUUUGACGGAUGAAGGCCGUGUUAAGGACGAAAAUGCUGCCAAGAUACAAAGAGGCUGGGACGACCUCUCUAAGCUAGAGUCUGACAUGACCGCACUUGAUACAAAUAUGAGGUUGGAGUCUGAAGAGGCUAAAGCAUUUGAAAUAGAAAUUGCCGAAGGACUAUCACUUAUUGAAAGUCUGCAAGAUCUACAAUCUAUUCUCGAUGACUAUAAUCAGCAGCAGACCAAAGAGGCCGCUACACAGUGUGUCGAAAAGAUCACCAGGAUGAGAAACCGACCAGAAAUUGUACUGCCGCAUCUUCUAAUUAUCAUCCUUUCGGAACAUAUACCAUUGAAGUUGGAUCCUCGCGACGAGGAUCUUGCGUUGUGGUGUUCGUUGGUUCGAGAAAUUGAGGUUCACCUGUCCAUACACCUAGGUGAGUGGGAUUCUCUUCUACUAUCCAAGCUCAAAUCAUAUAUCGAGCCUCUUCUCGAUACAGCAGAUUUUGACGCUAUUCAAGAUCUAGUUGUCUCGUGGAACGAUCUGCCUGCCAUCUCUGACAGCGCCCUUUUCAAGAGAAGCUUGUUCGACCAACUGCUCCAGCCAUUUAUUGAGCGAGAACUUGACAAUUGGAACAUAGUGGAAAGUGAAGAUUCCAAAUUACACAUACUAAAUCUUGCUAUUUCUGUCGGUCUUGAUACCGACAUUCUAUCUACAACCUUUCAGCAGCUUGAAGCUAGAUUCACUAGUCUAGUUCAGCCAAAUAGUGAACUUUGGAAUCUGGUGCUCACUGCGAAGGAUAUCAAAGCACUCUAUCAAUCAAGCUUGAAAAGAAUCCUUUUGCAUCACAACGCGUGGGCCGAAGUGUUUUUCCUAUGGUCCCUGAGGUCUCAAUUCCGUGAAGAACUCAUCCGUGCCAUCAUCGGUUUAGUCUAUCAACAUUGUGGACAAACUGCUGAAUCUCCUAACUUCAACGUCUUUUGGCUUCUUUUGCAACUCACUUAUGAUGAGCAAGAAAUUCUGCAAAGCCAGUUGGAGAUUACUCUUCAAUUUUGCAUUCUCAACCCUUCGUUGAGGUAUCUCUCGAGGUUGUUGCAGAAAACUCCGCAACAGGUCCCGUCGUGGUUUUGCGAAACGCAGUCAAUGUUUCAGGUCUUAAGUGACAAAUUUCCAAUUAAUGACAUAACGCUAUGGUUUUUCAAUACCUGCCUUGAAAAGAUAAGCAUAUACACAAAGACGGGCCGAUUGGCUCUAGGAGGUCUUCCCAGUAUAGAUGAUGAUGCAUUUCCAACUAUCGAUAUGAUUAUCAGACUAGCUGAGGGCAAUGGUACUACAGGUAAAAGUGACGUCAGGGCACUACGUCUGUCACAACUUAUGGCUGUCUUCCGUGACGUAGUUGCCGACUACUGCUUCAAGCAUGGCAUUGGCUUCAUCGCGACCGAUCAAAGAGAUGCGACUAUGAACAGAAUCUACCAAUUGACGCUACUCAAUGGGAAAGAGAGAAAGUGUUUCAUCAACGACGAUAUACUUUGGGUUGAAUUUGGGACCAAGUUCGAACCUACUAGUGUAAACGAUUUGAUCAAGUUGGAAAUUCCACGUGUGGUGCCCUUAGGCGUCAGAUUUUAUGCCAAACCACCCAAGAACAAGGUUUCCAAGUUCAUUGACGAUAUUGGCAGGGAAGAAACUAAGGCUUCGCAAAACACAUUAAAGGUUGUCCGUUGGAUGGGAGGUCUUACGAUAAUUACGGUAUGCUGCUCGCUUUUUUGGGCCAGCUCUAUGUCUGCCCCUGUCAGAGAGAAGGAGGUUGACCUUGGCGAUUUGUCCAAGGACGUCCGUAAGGAUAAGGACUGA